GCAGGAUCCGAGUUCCAUGACUCCGGUAUUGGAAGCUCAGUUCUAGCUCAAUCGAUGCCCGCUUCGAAAGGUGGACCGGCCCCGCAUCGAGCUCUGUCAUCUAGUGUCGUAUCUAGUAGGGCAGGAGUUAGCCAUAAACACCUUCCAACCCUCCCAGAAACAGCUCGAUCUGGUGAACCGUUCACAUGCGAAGUAUGCGACCGACUCGUCUAAUUACGACGAACGAAAGAAUGGAACAAGCAUGUCUUUCGAGACAUCUGUGCAUACACUUUCAUUUUGACCACUGCUCUCUCACAGGUGCGUUGUUCCAAGACCGUGAGCCUAUGACAAGUCAUUUGGAAUCGCAACACGGAAUCGGACAGAACACUACAAGCCAAGCCUGUCCACUUUGUCUCGAAGAGAUUUCGGGCGGACGAGACCUUAUCAUCCUUCAUUUUGCUCGUCACUCCGAGGAGAUUGCCCUUGCAAUAUUUCCAGAGUCUGACCACGAAUCUGAUCAAUCCGAGAGCGAUGCAGAAGAAGCUGUAGCAUUCGAUGUCACGCCAGCUAGCUCCGCAGAGAGCUCCGCAGAGAGUUUCCUCCCGUACUUGUGGUUAAACACAUAUGGUUGCACAUAUCCUUGGUGUUAUGAGCGGCUUGGCACGAGGUCAGAUUGGGGAUAACACGAAAACUUGCAACACUCUCGACUUGGAGAAUAUCGCUGCGGACUAUACGAUGGGACUCACGCAGUGAAUUCUCAGACGCAGUCUAUUACAGAUUCUCAACCAAAGACCAUCUGGCGUGGUAUCUUGCCAGGAUAUCAUUGGGAGGCUGACGAAGACUCAAAGGUAACGGGCUAUAAUGCCAUAAUAGGAGAAUCCAUGAUCACUUGAUAUACUACGCUGCUCGAAGAACGCCAGCCCACUAGGCAAGAAAAGGAUGAACAAUUCGGCGGAGAGUGGGCAGGCACUGGUCCACAUGAAUGACCUAAUCUAUAAAUUAUCUUCGCGCUGCAAGACUCGUUGGGAAUUUGGUGUUUCCUCUGCCUUAUCUCAUUCAACGUU